AUGAAUCGUUCUUCCAACUACUACUCCUCUCGUCGCUCCUCGAACCACGGCACUAGCAGUGCCUUUAGUCCUAAUGCCAACCCCAACGAGGACUGGACUAAGAUUUCGGACCUGGCGGAGCGUCGUCGCAUCCAGAAUCGCAUUGCCCAGCGGAAUUACCGCAAGAAGUUAAAGCGCCGUCUCGAGGACUUGGAGAAGCGAGCCGCAUCGUCUUCAGCCUCCCCGGAACAGUCUCACGUUGAGCCAUCUCUGCCAAAGUCAGGCAGGUCUCGUGCUAUCCGAAACCGUUCCAAGCCAAGCAUCAACAGCAUCAACAACAGCCUCGACAACGAUUGUCUCAAAAUUAGCAGUAACAGCAGCAACAGGGGCAGCAGUCCUCUCAUUCCCACAGUGACGAGGACCUUGUAUGGGGAUGCCUCCUAUUCAGACGACCAGCGUGGAGGCAUGUUUUCGCUUCAGUGCACUCGCCAGCUCUCUGCUUCGCCCCCGCCAGUCUUCUCCUACAGCUCGUAUUCACAUUUGAAUCCGUAUGGAUCCCCAGCAUACGGCCAGUCUCCACCUCUCUACCAUUCCCCAUCGUUUCAUAGCUCCAACACACCUUCUUUCCACGGCCUGCCGUCCUUUCCUGGGGACUACGUCGACUAUCCUCCCACGGGGCAGAUCAAGCGAUCCUACGCGGACGACGAGAUCAUGAGUCCAUUCAGCCAGAGCUAUGCGUCCAUGGCAGGUAUCGACUUGGGCUCCAACACCCUGCAGCUGCCAAGCGGGUCCAGCAACAUGCCGAUGUCACCACCACCACCUCUGGCACAAAGCCACGUUGAUGACCGUUCAACGUCAACCUCUUCAACCCCUGCAGAGAUGUCGCUUGCUUGUCCUCUGACGCCCGAAUCCGAUCCCUGCUCACCCCGCUCCUUUCCUUUGUUUUGA